AUGGACAGGUUGCUGCUGCUGCUGUCCCUGCUACGGGAGGGGUCCCUGCAGCAGGAUCCGUGGUACCAGCUGCAAGUGCAGGAAUCGGUGACAGUGCAGGAGGGUUUGUGUGUCCUUGUGUCCUGCACUGUCUCUUAUCCCUCGCUGGGCCGGACUGACUCUACACCCAUCUAUGGUGAAUGGUUCCGGAAAGGGGAGAGACCAUCCCAAAUGGAUCUUCCCAUGGCCACAAACAACCCGGGCAGGGGAGUAAAAAAGAAGAGAAAAAUCCCAUUCCACCUCCUCGGGGACCCUGGGGCAAACAACUGCUCCCUGGGCAUCACAGACGCCAAGAAGGGGGACAGUGGAAACUAUUAUUUUCAGCUGAUGAGAGGUGAUGUGAGACAUAGUUACAAAAAUAACCUGCUCAUUGUGAACGUGACAGGGGUCCCUUCUGGGGUCUGGCUUCUCCCUCUCUCCUCUCCAGAGCUGACACAGACCCCCGAUAUCUACAUCAAGGAGCCCCUGGAGUCCGGCUCUAGCAGCCACGUGACGUGCUCCGUGCCAGGGGCCUGUGACCGGGCCACGCCGCCCACUAUCUCCUGGACCGGGGCUGCCCUCCGGCCCCCGGGACUGGACUCGAAGGGAGCCUAUAACUCCUCGGAGAUCCUGCUCAGCCCUGGCCCGCAGGACCACGGCACCAACCUCACCUGCCGGGUGACCUUCCGCAGGGCUGGCGUGAGCACGGAGAGGACCGUCAGGCUCGACGUGUCCUACGCCCCCCAGAACCUGACCGUCAGCAUCUUCCGAGGAAAUGGCACAGAGCUGAAAUACCUGGGGAAUGGCUCAUCUCUUUCCGUCCUGGAAGGAGAAUCUCUACGCCUGGCCUGUGUCACCGACAGCAACCCCCCAGCCACACUGAGCUGGUCCCAGGGGAGCCGGACCCUGAGCCCCGCACGUCCCUCGAACCCCGGGGUCCUGCAAGUGCCCCGGGUGGAGUUGGGCCAUGAAGGCGAAUUCACCUGCCGAGCUCAGCAUCCUCAGGGCUCCCUGUGGACCUCCGUGCACCUCUCUGUACAGAGCCCCCCGCAGCUGCUGGGACCCUCCUGCUCCCAGGAGAAUGAGGGUCUGCACUGCAGCUGUUCCUCCCGAGCCCGGCCGGCCCCCUCCCUGCGCUGGGGGCUGGGGGCGGGGCUGCUGGAGGGGAAUUUCAGCAACGCCUCCUUCAAGGUCACCUCCAGCUCGGCUGGGCCCUGGGCCAACAGCUCCCUGAGCCUCAGCGAGGGGCUCAGCCCUGGCCUCAGACUCAGCUGCGAGGCCCAGAACGUCCACGGGGCCCACAGCGCCACUGUCCUGCUGCUGCCAGGGAAGCCCAAGCUUGGAGGAGAAUUCGUUCUGGGGGCCGUCGGAGGAGCUGGCAUCGCUGCCCUGCUCAGUCUUUGCUCCUGCCUCAUCUUCUUCACAGUGAAGACCUUCGGGAAGGCACGCGGUGAGAAGGAAGAGCCCCCCAUGCCGGGUCCCACCUCCCAGGGUUACCAGCAUGAGUGUCCUCCAGGCAGCCCCCUGGACCUCCCCCCACCAGUGGUGGCCGCCCCCACCUCUGGGGAGGAACAGGAGCUCCAUUACGCCUCCCUCAGUUUCUACACACUGAGGCCCUGGGAGCCUCAGGACCAGGAGGCCGCCAGCACCACCGAAUAUACUGAGAUCAAGAUCCAUAAAUGACGACCCCCAGCUCUGGAGGCCUCCCCCCACCAGAGCUCCCCAAAGACUUG